GGGCGGGCCGGAGCGCGCGGGCCCCGCCGCCCGAGUCCCCUGGCCCGGCUCGGCGCGCUCAGCAUGGCGGGCGCCUGGCUGCGACCGCUGGCCCUGGCCCUGACCCUGGCGCUGGCCCCGGGGCUGCCCGCAGUCCGGGCCGGGCAGACGCCGCGCCCGGCCGAGCGGGGGCCCCCGGUGCGGCUCUUCACGGAGGAGGAGCUGGCCCACUACGGCGGGGAGGAGGAAGAUCAGCCCAUCUACAUGGCGGUGAAGGGCGUGGUGUUUGAUGUCACUUCUGGGAAGGAGUUUUAUGGACGAGGAGCCCCCUACAAUGCCUUGGCCGGGAAGGACUCCACCAGAGGAGUAGCCAAGAUGUCCCUGGAUCCUGCAGACCUCACCCAUGACACCACGGGCCUCACGGCCGAGGAGCUGAAAGCCCUGGAUGACGUCUUCACCAAAGUGUACAAAGCCAAAUAUCCCAUCGUCGGCUACACGGCCCGAAGAAUCCUCAACGAGGACGGCAGCCCCAACCUGGACUUCAAGCCCGAAGACCAGCCCCAUUUUGACAUAAAGGACGAGCUCUGAUGUUCCGUCUGUAAGAGCAGGUUCUUGGGAUGGUGGGGCAGAGACACGCUUGGCUCUCUGGUCACCUGGGUCUGAAUAAAGCAGACGUCUGACCGGGACGCCGAACGCCUCUACUGUCCUGGGUCACGUGCUCUGUGCCCCUGGGUCUCCUGCCCACGCGCCAGCCCGGGUGGUAGUAACAGCCUCGUCAGGGUCCCUCUGGGUGGCUGAAUUAACCAGUGACUUUCAUUUCUUCUUUAUUAUUUUUCUGUACUUGCCACAUUUCUUACUGUGACCAUGUUUGCUUUAGAAUAAGCACAGAAAUAAACUUAUUUUCAUAAAAGAA